UGUGAUUACCGGGAGUGCUAAUAAGCAUGGAGAUCAAGUUAGAUGUUUUAGUCUCAACGUGUAUCAAACAUAGGAAACCUUGGCCUCGAAUCUCCUGGCUGGGACAGGAAAAAGAAGCUAUCUUUCUUUUAGAUGAUAAAUGUAUAAGUGAAAUUAACCUGUUAUCAGGAAAGACAAAGAAGAAAAUUCCUCGACUUCAAUCAUUGUUGAAAAAUGUUGUCGUCUUAGCAACAUCAAGAAAUGGUGCUUGGUUGGCAGGAAUAGUUACAACAGGAGAAUUAUUUCUUUGGAAUAAAGACCAGGACUAUCUGAAAAUUGUACCAGCAGUUGAAGAAUCGAGUAAGGUGGUUACAGCAGCACAAGAGUGCUCCAUGAGAUUGUACCUGUAUGUCUCAGGAGAUGGGAACAAGGUGCUACUCAUUACUCCUACUGCGUGUAUCUUUCUGUGGGAGAGCACAGAAUGCAAAAAUAUAUCCUAUCCUAAAAAUCCUUCACUGGCUGGGCGUUGGUCACAAAUUGUUCCUGAGGAAUCAGUUUUAUUGCCUUCCUCUGAAGAUAAAGAAACUGGAAUGAGUGCUGAUUUCAUCAAAAAUGAGAUACUAGGUGACUGCUGCUUGUGCUCUUUCGUGUUUUAUUCUGGGGAACGCUUGAUGCUGACAUUUUUGGCCCUGCAGUGGCAUGAAAACAGCUUCAAAUACAUUAGUUCUUUACCUUAUCAUAUCCACUGGGCACAGCAAGCAUGUUCUCUGCCCACUCUGGUUCCAGUGUGUGUGUCAGUAAAGUCGAGAGGAGCUUUGCUUACUGCAUUUUCAAGGGAUGGACUCUUACUGGCAGUAGCCAUUAAUCAAAAUGAUCCAAAGGCAACUCAGAUUUUGUUUAUAAAUACAUUGAAUUUUGUUACUGUUUCUGGUAGCCUUAAAGGUUGUAGUAGCAAGAAUCAUGUGGUUCCAUCCAAGUUUGUCAGGUCAUACUGGGUAGGUGACAUGAGCUGGACUCCUGAUAGUCUUUUUCUGGCUUGCAUGUUAAAACGUGGCUCCUUGAUAUUAUUGACUUGUGUGGGUGAAUUGCUGACCUUGGUUACUUCUGGUUGCUCUAUAGAAUUUGGACCAGCAGAGUUUAUUCCCUUUCAUCCACUAAUAACAUACAGACUGCAACAGUCUGUGUCUCAAGAUUCUAGUCAUUCUCUUGGUUCAUCCGCCUCUGAAAGUGAUCUAAUGAGACAGAGAUUUUCUGUAACGUCACACUCAAGCUUACCCUACCUUAUUGUCUCUGAUGGGUAUAUGGUUACAGUACUUAGGUUUUCUGAUAAUCUUUUACCAUCUGGAGUUAUGAGGUCACUUCUACUUGAUUCAGCCCAGAGGCUUGAAAAGAUACAUCAGAGUCUGAUGACACCUAAGUCUAAAGGGAAAAGGCUGCAGUUGCGAUCCUUGUCUUCUUUAAAAGCUAGCCUAUUGAAACAACAUCGAAACCAAAAUUCUACCCUUUCUACCAUUCCAAAAUUUCUUCUUCUGCAAGAAGAAACAGCAGAACUGAGUGAGAAAGCAGCAGAUUUACAGGAUUAUGAAGACAAAUCUGAUGAUGACAAGCAGUUUCAAAAUAACUCUUCUACUUUCUGCAGCCAGGGACCAAAUUCAUUUUUCAGUAGAGCUGAUCAAGGCCGGUUGGAAUUUGCAUCAAUGUUUGACACUGUUCAUGCAAAAGAUGAUACUGAUGCAAAAGAUGAUCUAUCUAUGGAACUAAAUUCAAUUCAGAAAAACCUUCUUGCGGCCUGGGGGAUAGGGAUUUCAAAAAAUGUGCAAGAAAAAGAUAUGCUGUUGAAUUACACAAUAGGUUGCAUUACCCACCUUUUCAACAUUCUCCAGUUCAUUAAAAGCCCUUUACUAAUCCAUGAUGCAUUUUUAAACAAGUCUGAAAAAUAUAAGCUAUGGAUGCAUGCUAUCUUAAAACAUUUUCAGCAGUGUUUAACUGUCCUGUACUGGGAUGUGAGAGACAGACAGACAGUUGGGCAUUUGGUAAAGCUGACAUCACAGACUGUAAAACUGAUGCUUAUUCAGCACCAAGAUCAGUUGUUCUCAGAAUACCUUUUGGGGUGCUUCUGUUUGCUGAAGAUGGUUGCACAUAGUCUAAAUGGGAAGUUCACACCUUGUUAUGAAAUAAUGUCUGCAUCCUCUGAUGUUAACAGUGCUGUAGAGCUUGACUCCCUGAUUGUGCCUAUUUUUCAAGUUCUUGAUGGGAGCAGUGCUCAGAAAUUUCGCUCACUGAAUUCUCUGGUUAAGAUACCUCCUCAGGCAGUAAAACUUGGUGAAAAGCCAGAAAACAGGUUGAUGAUAUUGUGGCGGUUAUUAUAUAAACAAGUGCUUCAGUAUCAGACUCAACUAAACAGAAAAAUAUCUAAGGAUGGCAAGUCAUUAACUGAAAUGAAGAUUGCACAUGAAGAAUCCAUUGUUGCACAACUUCUAUGUCAUAUACAGGCAGUCCUGCAGUCUUCAGGAGAGACCUUGGAACAAACCCGGAAGCUCAAUUCUGUGAUUGGUGAGGAGCAGUUUCUUUUAGGCUCAUACGAAGAAUCUGUGGAUCUGUGGAAGAGGGCUCUUCAAGAAACCAAAGCAAAAGGAGAAAAGAGGACACAGUUUCUUCAAACUAGGUAUUAUCUUGCUAUAUUAUAUUGCCACCUGUAUCACUACAACUUAACUGAGGCUCAGGGGCUGAGCGAUCAUCUUGUGAGAGAGAUACUAAGACGAUCUCAGCUGUCUGUAAGGCAGAUAGAAGAUUUUUCUGAUGCUGAAUAUUCGCAAUAUGAAUUGUGGAUGAUAAGAGAUGUUCAUCCUGAAGCUGCAAUGGCAGUAAUACAGUCUAUGGCACGAUUCAUGGCUGCCUACUUCACUAAUCAGCUGCUUUAUAUACUUCCCCCACAUAAAGUCGAUAUUCUACCUCCACUUCACAUCAACCAAGACCGGUUCCCUCGAGUUGUUCCACUACAGCACUCUGUGGUCACCAGUGCUGUUAGAGACCAGAACCUUUCUUCUGUAUGGACCGCUGAAUAUGCUCUUGACUUGCUCUUUGUGGGUGGACUGAUUCCAGAGGCUGUGUGGCUAGCACACAAACUUGGAGACUGGAAAAUGUCUGUUUCAAUAGGUGUGGCCUAUAAUCUGUACUGUCAAAGUGGUGGUGACUUAAGGUCAGAGAAAACAGAAUUACAUCUGCCUUUGAACUUGACUCCAACACAAAUUUUUCAGGAAAAACUACAGUCUUUCUUGGGCCAGCCAGUCAGUUUUGAAACAUCAAAUGAAGGAAGAACUAAAUAUAAACAAUUUACAGAUCCCAUUGAAGAGGAAGACGCAAAUGUCCUGUUUGGUUCAGUGCAAGAAAUACUGAAAGCAGCUGUUAUGGCAGAUGCAGACAUUCUCUCAGAGACAUUUCAACUUUUGAUAGACUCUGCCAAGGACCUCACCAGAAAAUUGUGUGGGUUAGUGCCUGAUGGGCUAUAUCUUCCUGCACCACCAUUAUACUGUCCACAACCAGCUUCUCUCAGUGAAAAAGACUACAAUGACUCUCCUUUAAAAAUUGAGAGAGAUUAUCGUCAGAAGGUGUCUGGGGUCCUUCAGCGAAUUCUGCUGCUCUUCCGGGCUGCUCGUUGUUCCUGCCCUGUAGCACAGUGGUAUAUUGUACAACUGAAAUGGGCAAGAAAAGUAAUGCAAAAGAUUCGAAUGAAAGGCACUCUUCCUUCAUUGAGUUCAUUUCCUGAAACUUUGCUUCAUUAUUCUAAAUUUAGUACAAUAUUCUUUAGACCUGCAUCUUCUGGAGACCAUCGCUUUGAAGAUGUUUCUUGUAAAACAAUAGGUUGCUUCAGAGAAUUAUGUGCAUUGUGUUGGAUGCUUCAUGUUCGUGAAAGGUUGUCUGACAGUUGCAGACACUACCAAACUGCAAGAGAAAGUAUGGGUAAUCAAAAGGACUGCAAGAAGGCUGAGUAUGAUGCCUGUAUAGUUGAGCAUUGUCUCAAUGCAGUGGAAUGGGCUUGUCGAAUGCUCCCUUUUGCUAGGUUUAUGAAUGUUGAAGAACUUGUUCAAGAUAUAAUUCUGAGCCUUGUUGGAGAAUUACCACCAAUCAGAAAGGUGGCAGAAAUUUUGGUGAAAGCAUUUCCUAAUUCUGAAGAUGUAAGAGUUCCAUUAAGGGAUAAAUAUCAUGCUCUUCAGCAGCGACUUAGACACUGUAUUGUCAGAGGAUCCAAAAGUGAAGAAAUGAUGUCUGUUGUUAUCCAAGCCACCCACAAAGUGAGGCUGAAAGCACUGAAACGUGUAAUAAGGAACAUAGGUCCCAUUGAAAUGAGCAUCUGGGAGCCAUCGGAAGAGGAGACACCAGAUGAUGAGGCACAUUGCUAUGAUAGAUUCUCAUUAGGGACCAGUCUAAGCAGAAGUACACUCUCAGAUUGUGGAAAUCCUCAAGUAUAUAGUGAUGCUGAAACAGCAGAUACACUCUCUGAAGCUUUGCUUACAGAAGAAACAAGAAAUCAAGCACCUUCACCUCAGAGGGAGAGACGGCCUCCCACAGAAGAACAAACUGGUAGUAAGAAAACUGCAUAUAAGAUAAAAUAUCUUAAUUGGAAAGCAAAACAUAAAGAACACAGUAAAGUUUUGCCUAAUCAGCAUACUUUGCCUGUGGUAGGUGCAUGGGAAUUUGAACGUGAUGAUGAUGAAUAUGUUAAGUUCUUAGAUCUCUUUUUGAGUUACAUGCUUGAAAGAGACUUCGUUAAUUGCAGUGAUCCUGGGAUUCCUUUUCUGACCAGCUUUUCUGAACUCCUUAGAGAACAUGAACUACACUCUCUCCUUUUUGAUGUUCAUACAACACUGAAACGUCGACAGGGCAAAACAAAUAGUCAGAAUGUGUUUAGAGCUGGUUGCUGCUAUGCUGUUACUCUUGCAUCUUGUGAUUCCAAACCAGCUUCCUUGUGUAAUGAAAAGCAAAAACAUUUGGAAAACCAAAUGUCUGUUUCAGUUCUACAACCAGCAGACUCCUCGGUGUGUGACUCAGUGAAUGGAGUAAAGAAAUACAUGGGAAAGGAAGGUUUAUUUGGCCUAAACCACCUGUCGGUUUACAGAGCACAAGAUAAAAAGCAAGAAAUAACUAUUACACCCAUAACCCAGACCUUGUCUGACCAUGCUUGCUCUAAUAUGCAAACUUCAGUGACCUGUAAAUAUAUGUACAAAACAAUUCAUGUGAAUGAUGUUCUACCAAGAGAGGAACUUGCUCUUGAACUGAAGAAUAAAUUUAGCAAUAUUGCAAGACUGCUUGAAUGGAUGAUCAGAUGGUCUGAUAGGAGAUUGCUAUGUGAUACCAACAAAAUAGAGUCAUUUCAAGAGAGCCGCCCAAUGAUGCAUGUGAAAACAUCAGCAGCUGCUAUACUUACAUCAUUAUGGCUUUUAGGACGACCCUACUGUGAUGAAUCGCAAGCUAGGAUCACUAGUUUUAAGAGUCCAGAUUAUCAGUACCUAAUGAACUCUGCAUCCCUACCAGAAACUAGACCCAAGAUACAGAAAGAAAGCAGUAUGGAUACAGGCCGUUCUCCAGCAACAGAAAUGCCACAUGCUGUCCAGGAUGUAAAUGCUUACGAUGAACUUUGUGAAAAUGUUUUAGGAAUAUCUACAAAAACAAAACAUUCUGAAAAGAAUGAAAUGAAUGAGAGUCAUUCUGUAACUCACAGUACAGAAGAAGGAGUAAUAAGUUUUGAUGAAGAAGUGGGAGCAUUCCUGCAGGAGGAGGAAGAUGCAACUUCAGAAAAUGAAGAGCUCUUUGAAGAACCAUUUGGAGUUCCAAAAAGCCCCAGUAUUUCUGUCAGCAUUAAACCUGUACAACAACAAAAAGAGGAGCAUAUCUCCACUCUAGAUGUAGAAUCUCCAUGGGAAGAACCCAUGAUGGAAAAGUUAGAAGAAAAAAAAGCCAAACAAAAUGGUAUGACUGAGGCUGUUUCCAGCACCAUUCCUCAUUCAUUCUGUUUAGAAAUGAAUGCAGAUGCUCCUAGUGUUCCCUAUAAUGGUCCGGUGUGUUCAAAGAAGCAAGUGGUCCAGGAAGGAGAGCAGAUAUCAGAGCCAUUGAACGUUUCAGAAGCUGUCAGACAGAUGCUCCAAGAUGAAAUGUUUAAAUUAGUUCAGCUGCAGCAAAUCAACUUUCUGAACUUAAUGCAAAUGGUGGGGUCAUCCUUUGCCAGCCUGCCAAAUAUGCAGCAUCUUCUGCAGCAGUCUCAGUCUAUUCAGUUGGGAGGAAGCCAGUCUUUACACACUGUAAGAGGCAGUGGGGCUGACACAUCCCUUCCUAUACAAUCUGCAGACAUUUCUCCGGAGACUCAGCUGCCCACUAAAGAAAAUGCUGGAAAGUCUAAUAAAAAGAGCAGCUCUCAUUCUCAGGAAAGAAAUAUCCUAAAUGAUCAAAGCAGCAAAGAAAGUAUACAUAAUGAUCCAGAAGUGAAUAUUUCUUUAAGCCUAUCAGAGAGCCAGUCCAAUGGAACAGGAUUUAUUCCAGCAUCUCAAGACUUGCUUCCUUCAGCUCCAGCCAAACCACUUCAUCUGUUAUCUCGUUCCCUAGAUAUUCAGAAGACACCCAAACUUAUCCCAGUUGCAAAAACCUUAAAUUAUGAAAAUGGUUUUCCUUUGCUUAAACUUGAAUCUGAUCAUUUAAAACCACUCAAUUUAUAUCCAUUAAAAGUUUCACAAGCUUUCAUCGGGUCACUCCCCCAACCAAGAGUAGUUUGGGAUCCAUCUAAUUCUUUACAGAACCCUCCACUGUCAUAUAUGCUAGGAGACAAGACUAUUUCAACGACACACUUGAAUUUGAAUAAAUAUGAUCCUGAAAUGAUAAGGCAAGUAUAUGAGGAAAAGAAGAGGUGGGCAGAAGCUGAAAGCAAGAGGCCUCCUAAACUACUUAAUCUGGAUCAGUAUGAAGGAGAGCAAAAUCUUGCACCUCUGCAGCACCUUUGUACAAAUGUGAGUGCAGAGAAGCCACUGAGUGCUGAGAAUGCUUCCUUCUAUGGAACUUACCCGCAUUCAACUGGAAUUCCUUUACUACACCUGCAGUUUGACCCAGCACCUAGAUUUCCACCAAUUAUAAGACCAUCAGUCCCUGCUUCUUUAAUACCUGUUAGACCUAUAACUGAGGAGACCAACUCCAGAGACACAUUACAGCACACAGGAAUAUCAAUUCUUCACACUAAUUUACCUCCAAAAAACAAGUUCCAACCACCAAAACUCAUCCCAAUUCAAAAUCUCAUUGCAUUUGAGCAAAGCCGCCAGUGUACCAGUGCACCACACGACUUCAUUGGACAAGACCAUUCUGGUCGGAUUGAGUUGUUAAAAGUUAACACUGAGCCAUUUGACGCAAGACACACAAAGAACAAUACAAAAAGGCAAAAGAGACGUGCUGAGAAACAGAUAAAAGAGAAGGAGGACAAGAAAAAACCAAGUGUGACAUUCCACCCAGAUGACUUCAUUAUUAGUACUGAUGAUAUGGAGAGAGUUUUUGAAACUGAGAUACAGGAUCAGCAAGCAGAAUCCAGCCGUUAUCUUGAAGAUGAUUUUGUCAUUUCACUUGACACAGUGGGAGAGGCCAUUACUACUACAGCAGGUCUACACUGCAUGGCUUCCACAAGGAAAAAACCCGCAGAAACUCAAGAUGCAAGCACAAAUACAGAUCCAGUUCUCAAGUCAUAUCAGGAUAUAGAAACUGGCUCUGAAGACAUACUUUCUGAACUUAGUAAAAACCAACCUAUCGCCUCUGUUCCUUCAACAGAACAUUUGGCUUCAAGAGUUCCUCAGAUGUUGCCACCAGACAUGUACUUAAACUUCAAGUUCCACACAGAAGUAGGGGAGAGACUUUUACCAUCCUCUGUGUCUGAUACUGCACCUGAUUUGAUUGGACACAAAUAUAUCAAUGUGAUUGACAUUGAAGACAGUGAUCUCUUCAAGGAUUUGCCUACUAUAGCUGAGUCUACAGACGAGAUGGUUACCACACAACAACAUGAGAACUUUGAAGUUCCAUCUUCUGCAAAGCUGCAUCACAUGGCAGCUUCUGUUACCAAUGCAAUUCCACCUAAUGAAUUUCAGGGAAAAGAUGACCAUCAAAAUGGUCUGUUCCCAGUGCAAGAAAGGGAUGUAAAAUCAGAUGCUGCUAGAGACAAUCUAACCUGGAACCUAUUGCAUGAGGAUGUCCGCAUCAUUCACUCUGCAGGACUAUCAGCCAAAAUCAUUAGCAAAGAACACUUUAAUACAAAGCUGCAGGAAAUGGAUAUACAACUGCAGGCAUUACAGAACAUAGCAGAAAAUAUGGAGAAGGAUUUCAGCAAUACUAAAUUGAUAGUAAAAACAAUAGAAGAUUUAGGAAUGGCUGCCAGUCCGAACUUGGGUGUAGCUUCCUUGUUCUCUGAAGGUGUGGGAGUUAUUGAUGAAGCACGUUAUGUGAGCUCUGUGGACUUUGAAGAUCUUAUGGAAGAAGAAGAGGAGGGUUCAAGACCUGAAUAUUCUGUAACCAGUUAUACAGCCUUGCAAGCUCACUCUCUUUCCCCUGCAACUUCAUCUGCUAACCUUCUGAGUCGUAUAAAGUCAUCAUCCGACAUUCAUAUAAAUGAAGAUUUAGGUGAUAGUUUUAUAGACAAUCCCCUGCAAAUUACUGGACUGAGUGGUAUUACUGAUGUUAUUGAUGAUCUUGUAACAGAGGGUGGCAUUUCCACUACAGAACUGGGCAUUACAAAAACACAGGCUAGAAGUAUCUCCAGAAUCCAUGAUACUGCAGCUGGACAGUCUCCAAAAACAGAAAGAAAGAGAAAAGAGAUACAAGCAUGGAUGAAAAGAAAAAGAAAGGAAAGACUGGCAGAAUAUCUUAAAAAACUGGAUGAACAAAGAGAGAGAGAAUAUAAUCCAUUUAAUUUGAGAAAUAAUAUGCAAUUUGGUCUCUCUGCAAAGGAAAUCAAAUUGAGCCAGAAAAAGAAAGAUGAAAAAGAUAAAGCCCUGUUGUCUGAGCAUCAUAAUCUUAGAGUCUCACAAGCGCUUUCCCUAAUGAACGAGAUGCUAUCUGAGAGAGUGCAGCUUCCUGCAAGUGAACUUAGACCAUUGUCCAAAACAAUGAGAUUCCCUCGAGAUUUCAGAAAGCAGCACCUCACAUCUGCGAGAGGUCGUCCUGGUAGUCGAAGUCUAUCAGCAAGUCAAGCUGAAAGGAGCAGAACUGCUGCCAAACCUGACUUUGGUCAAGCAAGAUCCCAUUCCACUCCACCUCAGGGUUUAGCUCAAUCUGGGGGAACUACCACUGUGGUAUUACAGAAGAAUAUAUCCAAAGGGAGGAUUAGAAAUGCAAGACUUUAUCCUGUUAACUCUAGGCAAGUUGCCAUUCGGCCUCAAGACCAAACAUCCCAAGUCACUCUCAGAGGAAUGCUGACAGAUUUUAACCAGAGGAGAACAUGGUUGCAAGGCAAUGCAAGCCAGAGGCAGGGCUUGAGCAAAGGAAGACCUAAUUCGGCCAGACAAGCCUCUGAUUAUCAAACACUCAGCACAAGGAAUCUGAGAAGACCUACACCCUGUGCAGCUGCAAUUCAGAGAGAAGAGACAGGUCUUGAUUAUGAGUCUGAGCGAGAUUCAAUAAGUCCCUGGAGUGUCCCUGAUGAUAUCCAACGACUCCUUCAUGACAAUUAUGAUUCCCUACUUGAGGUCUCUGUGCCUCAUGAAGAGGAUUGCUCUCCUCUUAGCAUUAAUGACAGUGUAUCUGAAAGCACAGGAAGUAUCUUGAGCAAACUGGACUGGAACGCUGUUGAAGCUAUGGUAGCAAAUGUGGAAGAAAAGUGA